UGCAGACAUCAGCGCCCUUACGUCACUGUUCACCAGCAUUUUCGAUAAAGCUUUAGCAGAACGCGUGGGCGAUCAUUGUAGACGGAGCGUGAAUCCACUAAAGAAGCAGCGCCGCGAAGAAAACCCCUUCAUUUUGAGCCAGAAACGAGUUGAACUUGUUUCUGUAUUUGCGUUGAAACGCCGCAAACAUGGCAGAGAGCGACUGGGACACGGUGACUGUGCUGAGGAAGAAGGGGCCGACCGCUGCCCAGGCCAAGUCCAAGCAGGCUAUCACGGCUGCUCAGAGACGUGGGGAGGACCUUGAGACAACCAAGAAAUGGUCUGCAGGACAGAACAAACAGCAUCUGGUGACGAAGAACACGGCCAAACUGGACCGGGAAACAGACGAGCUGCACCAUGAGAGGGUCCCACUGGAGGUGGGCAAGUACAUCCAGCAAGGCAGACAGGAGAGAGGCCUGACCCAGAAAGACCUGGCCACUAGAAUUAAUGAGAAGCCUCAAGUCAUUGGAGACUAUGAAUGUGGGAGAGCAAUUCCCAACAACCAGGUCAUGUGCAAGAUAGAGAGAGCAAUUGGCCUGAAACUGCGUGGGAGGGACAUGGGACUCCCCCUGGAGGCAAAGCCCAAGAAGAAAUGAACACAAAGCCUCGAAAUCAGCCCCCCCCACACCCCCAGUCCCGUGUUUCCCUUUAUCUGAACUCCCACCCCCCCCCCCUUCCCCCACCCUACCUCCUGAAUCAUCUCUUCCUCUUCCUCCUCCUCUACCCGGGCUGAUCUCACCUGCGUCCUGCCUGAGGACCAUGGUGCUCCACUGCAUCACAGGCUGCAUACUAACCAGUCAUCUGAAGACACUCUUCUGACCGAAUAAUCAAACCAAUGAUCGAACGACAUUACUCGACAUCGCACACACGUUUCUGUUAACCCUGCGUCUGCGUGGGCUUUGGCACGAUAAACUCCAUUUCUUUGAUAGUGAUGUUAGAUCAUUAAAAGGAUAAUUUGUUUUUCACGACCAGACAAACGUGUUCGACUAACUGUCAUUCUGAGCAUGAUGUUAAGCCAAAAGUGCUUGAUUGCAUCUGUGUUUUUUUUUUUUCACACACUUGAGUGGAUGUCAUUACAGUGUUUUUAAGGCUGUGCUUUGUUUUGAUCUAAAAAAAUAAAGUUUGGCACCUCCUGA